UCGCGUCCAUCCAUCCAUCCCUAUCCCACACACCAACCCACCAUAAGUGCGAAAGAAACAAAACGGAUUCAGUGUUGUGCAAGUGCGAGUGGGACAGUGAGAUGUAAGCGCCGCUGCCGACUGCCAUCACCAUGUGCUCCUGGGCCAUUCUCUUCAUCCUCUUCGCCAUGGGUGGCGAGGGCCAGGAGCACGGGCCGGUGUUCCUGAUGGAGCCGCCGCCGCGGUUGUUGUUCUCGAACAGCUCGGGCGCGCGUGUGGCCUGCGCCGCGCACGGCUUCCCACCGCCGCUGCUCGCUUGGCAGCUGCCCGACGGCACGCAGGUUGACUCCGUGUCUGGAUUGAGACAAGUGCUCGAAAACGGAACGCUAGUAUUCAAGCCAUUUGCUCCGGCGCAGUUCCGGCAGGACGUGCACGCUGCCGUGUACCGUUGCCGCGCGCACAACACGCACGGCGCCAUUGUCUCUCGGGAAAUGCGCGCGCAGGCAGUGAUAUGGCAGGAGUGGGAGGCGCGUGUAUCGACAUCGUCGGCCGAGACAGGUGGGCCAGCGCUGCUCACAUGCGUUGUGCCCACGUCGUUCCGCGAGCACGCUUCAGUUGCUGCGUGGUACAGAGACGACACAGUUCUGCCGGCCACUGAUCACCUCUCUGGCUCAACCCUGCUCAUGGACGAGGGCUGGAAGCUGAUCGUGCGUUCCGUGCGCGCGGAGGACGCGCGCGCGCAGUUUUCGUGCUCAGUGCUCGACUCGCUAACCGGCGAACGCCGUCGCAGCGCGCCCGCGCACAUUGAUAUAGCGCCGGCAAACACAGCGUCUGCGCCUCGCGCUAUCACGCAUGGCCCGUGGGAGGGCUCCGUUCGCCGCGGCGGAGACGUGCUGUUGCCAUGUCUGGUGCACGCCAGCCCUCCACCCACUAUCACAUGGUACCGCGAAGCCGCGAGCGGCGUGUUACGAGAACUUCGCGAAGGAGAGGGCGGUGGGCGACUAGUGCGGGCGCACGACGCGCUGUCGAUACGACGCGCCGAGCCGGCAGACGCUGGUCGCUGGGCGUGUCGCGCUGCCAACGCGCACGGUCACCUCACGCUGCGACUGCACUUAAACCUGCGCGCGCACCUCACUGUGCACGCACAGCCGCACACGCAGGUGGUAAACAGCGGCGGAACUGCUACCAUCAACUGCACAUGGAGCGGGUACCCAGCGCCUCGGCUAGAAUGGCUCCACAACGGGAUUCCUCUCGGCGCAGGAGUCGUGGGGGGAAGAGUACGGGUGAGCAGCAGCGGGGAGCAGCUGGUCAUAUCCGACGUGCACAGGGUCGAUAAGGGCGUGUACCAGUGCAUGGCUAGGAACGAGAAGGACAGUGCGCAGGCCAGUGCUGAGCUCAGAUUGGGAGAUACGGCACCAGAGCUUCAAUACACAUUCAUCGAGCAAGUGCUGCGACCUGGGCAAGUAGUUACCCUUAAAUGCUCCGCCGCUGGCUCUCCCCCGCCUCACUUCACCUGGCUCCUAGAUGGUCAACCACUCAACACUAUGAAUACUAGGGGACACAGAUAUAGCAUCGAACAGUUCGUAACAAAAAACAAAGAUGUGGUGAGCUUCCUAAACAUUACAUCCGUGAGUUCUGAAGAUGGCGGUCUCUAUACCUGCAGAGCGACCAACUCCCUUGGAGAAGUGUCCCAUACUUCUCGUCUUAAUAUUUAUGGACCUCCGUACGUGAGACCUAUUGGACCAAUCAGAGCUGUGGCUGGUCGCGAACUGGUCCUGUAUUGUCCUUACUCCGGUUAUCCAGUAAGUUCAGUGAAAUGGGAGCGCAACGGCAGCCCAGUAGAAUGGGAGAGCAAUAGUGACGGAGCUCUCAGGGUGACCAGGGUAGAGCCAUCUCACGCGGGCGCGUACACUUGCGUUGUUAUGGGCCCUCACGGAGAGAUGGCUAAGAAAGAACUACAACUCUUUGUAAGCAAUCCACCAGAAAUUGAGCCGUUCUCGUUCUCGGCCAAUUUGCAAGAGGGGAAGAGAGCACAGGUUAGCUGCAGCGUCAUCUCUGGAGACAUGCCAGUCCACUUUACCUGGCUAAAGGACAACCAACCCAUACCGUCUUCGUUACAGGUGGAAGAGCGAGGUGCUGAUUUUUUCAGCAACCUCGUAUUCAAAGAGGUGUCGGCACAUCACAGUGGGAUGUACACUUGCGUUGCCUCCAACAGCGCAGCCAAAGUUAACUAUACCGCCCAACUGGUAGUCAAAGUUUCCCCGAAGUGGGUCAUAGAACCGAAGAACGAAGCCGUGCUUGCUGGAGAGUCUGUUGCUCUACAUUGCCAGACCACGGGGUCACCCACGCCCCAGGUCACUUGGUUGAAACAGAGAGGUUCAGGGUCUGCAGAUUUUAUUCCCCUAGUGAACCUUGGCGGACGUUUCCAGUUCUUCUCGAAUGGAACUUUAUGGAUAGAGUCCGCACUACCAUACGAUGAAGGGCACUACAUGUGCAAAGCUGAGAACGGAGUGGGCUCACCACUUUCGAACAGUAUUUUCGUCGCUGUGCAUGAACCAGCGCGUUUCGAGUUGACGUCGCACAACACGACGGCACGACGGGACGCGUCCGUGACACUAGUGUGUGACGUACGGGGUGACAGCCCCAUCCGCGUGCAGUGGUCGCAUAAUAUGAACCAGCUAGAUCUUAAUACUUAUAGGUUAAGCAUUUCCGAAGCAAAGACUGAUAGUGGUUUAAGGUCCCAGUUAUACAUCAGCAGAGUCGACAGACAGGACUCUGGUGUUUACAAGUGCCAAGCUGUCAAUGCUUAUGGUCAUAGCGACCAUUACAUUUACUUAUCCGUCCAAGAGAAACCCGAUUCGCCGCACUCCCUAACGGUCACUGAAAUUUUGUCCCGAGCCGUGCGACUGUCGUGGAGCCAGGGUUUCGACGGCAACUCGCCGCUGGUGGGCUACACGGUACAAUACGCGACUCUGUCCGCCCAGGGCGCCAUCCGCUUCAACCAGUGGGACUCCGCGCACAGUUUGAACGUGUCCGUCCAUGGCGCUGGCGCUACACAAUCUUAUAUCACACUGACGAAGAAAGGUGACAUCCACUACGAGGCGUUGUUGAGCAAUCUUAAACCUCACACCGCGUACAUGAUCCGCAUAGCCGCUAUCAACCAGCUCGAUAGGAGCUUAUUCACUGAACCUGUUGUCGUGAAAACACAGGAAGAAGCUCCGUCCGAAGCGCCCACCAACGUGCACGUGACCCCCGGCGGGCCGGGCGAGCUGCACGUGUCGUGGCGCCCGCCGCCGCGCGAGGCGUGGCACGGCGAGCUUCUGGGGUACUCAGUCACAUGUACUGAGUUUGGCCCUGGUGGGAUUCCUGUACAUAAUAGUUCUAGGACUCUGACCGUGAAUGGCUGGUCAGCGACAGAGCUCAGUUUAUCAGCUCUGAGAAAAUUCACACGCUACGAGGUGCGCGUGAGAGCUUUCAACGGUGUUGCCGCAGGACCCGCUUCUACUCCUGUCUCCGCUACCACUUUGGAAGGAGUGCCAGAAUCUCAUCCAACGAGGGUAACGUGUUCAGCUCUCUCGUCUUCCAGCAUGAAGGUAACGUGGAACCCUCCUCCCCUUGGCCAGCACGGCGGCAUCAUACAGGGUUACAAAGUUAUUUAUACGCCGCUCACCAGCGAUCAUGAUGUGGGGGAGAUUAAACGAGUAACCACAACAGACACUUACCUUCACGCUCUGAGGAAAUACACCAAUUACUCCAUUCAGGUUCUGGCUUUCACGAACGCUGGCGACGGCAAACGAAGUCCACCUGUUUAUUGCAUGACUGAGGAAGAUGUGCCCUCGCAACCUCAAAAAAUAAAAGCGUUGGCGUUUUCCAGCGAUUCUGUUCUUGUAAGCUGGUUACCGCCCUUGUAUCCCAACGGGAUCAUAUCCCAUUAUACUGUAUACUUUAGGGAAGCGGGACGAUUAGGUAAACAUUCCAGUUUCACAGUGUCUGCAGACAAGAAAACAGAUAUUGAACUGAUGUUUCAAGUUCGAAACCUUCUAGAAAGUCAAUUGUACGAGUUUUGGGUGUCGGCCACGACGGGCUCUGGAGAAGGGGAGUCCACUCCUGUAGUGGGUCAAGGACCAAAUGCUAGAAUACCAGCACGCAUAGCUUCAUUUGGAGGAUUAAUAGCGGUUGGUGUUGGACAGCCAGCUUUGCUAACAUGCACUUGCGUUGGUGCACCGGCCCCCAGGUCGCGGUGGACGCACGGAAGAACGCCUGUAACACAUCAUGCAUAUUAUCAAGUCACGCAUAGAGGACAUUUACAUAUUCGAGAAGUAAACGAGCAAUCGUCAGGCAAUUUUACCUGCACAGCAAGCAAUACGAUCGGCGAAGAUUCGAUAGUCUACGUGGUGUCAGCAAUAUUACCUCCAGCUGCGCCUGCGCUGUCUUUGCAGUACACUACUGCUUCGAGCAUUAAACUGCAUUGGCAGUUGGCAGCUACUGAUGUCAAUGAACCUAUUUUAGGAUAUCUCCUGCACUAUAAACAAGCAUCAGAGCCAGAUUGGCACACGGCAGAACUUUCUAACGAAAUGACUUCCUACACAAUGGACAUGCUCAAAUGUGGCACCACGUACAAAGCCAAAAUACAAGCACGGAACAAAAUUUCCAUCGGGCCUCCUAGCGAAGUUCUUACAGCUACAACAAGAGGAGGCCGCCCUAAGCCACCCAAAGCAGAAGAGCACGUAUACAUGAACACAACGGCAAUAAAGAUCAACUUCUACGCAUGGCGUGAUGGAGGCUGCCCUAUUCUUGGCUUUCGAGUGUCAUAUAGACGCGCUGGAUCUGAACAUUGGAUUAAAGUGGGCGACAACCUUAGCUCGGCCAGCCAUGUCCUUGGAGAUUUGACACCUGGUACGUGGUACGAGUUGGCGAUAGAAGCAAGCAGUGACGCGGGAAUCGAACGAGUCACUUUGUUUGCUGACACACACACUUUGACUGGAGCACGUAUUCCUCCACUGAAACCGUCGUCUCCGAUUGCGGGUAGCGUCCGUCAGACGUCGCUCCGCACCGUCUUACUGUCGUGCAUUGCCAGUGCCGUAGUCGUCUUGUGUGCACUUGCCGCUGUUAUUUGCCUCGUUCAGCACAAGAGAAAAUUUUUUUGCAUUUCAAACGAUCACUACAUGCGAGAUGACAGGAAACUAAGCGAAAGCAACGAAGCAGAGCGAGAGAAGCUCCGUGAAGGACAGAAACUCUACUCGUCUUCUUCAAUUAACGGAAAUGAAAAAUCUAACGAUGACUCUUCAGCAGAACUUUACGAAAUCAGCCCAUACGCGACUUUUGGCGUAUCAGCGGCGCAUUCGCUGCAGUUCCGCACGCUGGCGCGCCGCGACGACGACGCCGCCGCGCCGCCGCACCGGCGACGGCAUCGCGCUUGCGAGCAUUAUCGAUACGACGAAUCGAGCCUGUCUAAAUGCUCGACAGUGGAGGCGCGGCACCGUCUGCGCGCGGCGAGCGCGGGCACCGCCAGCGGGGCCGCCACGCCCGCCGGCUGGCGCGACGCGCACACCGACUCUGACGAUAACAGCGACAGCGCUGCUAACACCACCACCAAAGGCUCGGGCGAGUCGCCGGGCAGCGUGUACGGCAGCGGGCGACGCAGCGCGCGCACCACCAGCAGUGGAGGCCCUAAUGGGAGCGACGGCCUCUCAGGGAGCUUCGCCCCAGUCCCCGCCGAUAUAUCUUCUCUAAUCGACAAAUACCAACAAAGGAAGGAACAGGAACGUCGAGAAUGCACAAUACACGUCUAGCAUUCAGUGUUAUAAAAAUUAUCCAAAAAGGUCUUCCUUGCCUUAAUAAUGCACGUUUUCCGUGCGGAUUUUUUAGUACCAGUUUCUAAGAUUGGACUCAAAUUUUUCUCAAAAACGAUAACGGUUUCUAAAACUGACGCCACUAGUUGUAAUAUAUGUAUGUCCCAUAAUGGUUUUUGAAAGGGCUUAAAGUUUGUGAUUACGUCACAUGAUGACAAAAAGUAACUCCCAAUUGCAUAGUGUUAAAUUAUUAUUGUUAUGUAAAAUAAUGUGAUUUAUCUAAAAGCUGUUAAAAAACAGUCUAGAGUUUUAAAUUGAAAAUGUAUUGAUAAAGUGUAAAUACUAAAUCGUGAAAACAUACUUAUGGUUAAGUAGCUUACUGAGACGGCAAACGA